AGCAGAUAGUAGCACUGUAAUCUAUCUUCUUAUCUUUAGGACAGCAUCGUCGCGAACCAGUAGAUUUCAAUGUCAAACGUCUCUUGAAGUUGAACAAACCCAAAUACGACUCAACACCCAUUACUCCACUCAAAACACUCUAGAAAAAUGACGUCUUUACUCGGAACUUCUUCCACGGCAAUCUUGGCUUCUCGCUCCUCCAAGACUUCCAUUCCUUCUCUCUCCUUCAACCCAGGUACGGGUUAUUUAAAAAGGCUCUAUGGAGGUGUUGGGGUUCAUGGAAAGAAGGGGAGGUCUCCGUUUCAUGUUACAGUUUCCAAUGUCGCCACUGAAAUCAACGCGGUGGAACAGGACCAGAAGAUUGCGGCUAAGGAAAGCCAGAGACCGGUUUAUCCAUUUGCUGCUAUAGUAGGACAAGAUGAGAUGAAACUCUGCCUUCUCCUAAAUGUGAUUGAUCCCAAGAUUGGGGGUGUCAUGAUCAUGGGGGAUAGAGGAACUGGGAAAUCCACCACAGUUAGGUCUUUGGUCGAUUUGCUUCCUGAAAUUAUGGCUGUUGCCGGUGACCCAUACAACUCAGAUCCAGAGGAUCCGGAAUCUAUGGGCGUGGAAGUUAGAGAAAGUGUCUUGAAAGGGGAAGAACUUUCUGUUGUCAUGACUAAAAUCAACAUGGUUGAUUUGCCCUUGGGUGCUACGGAGGAUAGAGUCUGUGGGACAAUUGACAUUGAGAAAGCUCUAACUGAGGGUGUCAAGGCCUUUGAGCCCGGCCUUCUUGCAAAGGCCAACAGAGGAAUUCUGUAUGUGGAUGAAGUCAACCUUUUGGACGAUCACUUGGUGGAUGUUUUACUCGAUUCUGCUGCUUCUGGUUGGAACACGGUGGAGAGAGAGGGUAUCUCGAUUUCACAUCCCGCUCGGUUUAUCUUGAUUGGCUCAGGCAAUCCAGAAGAAGGGGAACUCAGGCCACAGCUGCUUGACCGGUUUGGAAUGCACGCACAAGUGGGGACUGUUAGGGAUGCAGAGCUCAGAGUGAAGAUUGUGGAGGAGAGAGCUCGGUUCGACAGAAAUCCAAAGGAAUUCCGCAAUUCUUACAAAGAGGAGCAAGAAAAGCUGCAAAACCAAAUUGCUUCAGCUAGGAGUUCACUUUCGUCAGUUCAAAUCGAUCACGAUCUCAAGGUGAAAAUCUCAAAGGUUUGUGCAGAGUUGAAUGUCGAUGGAUUGAGAGGAGAUAUUGUGACAAAUAGGGCUGCAAAAGCUUUGGCUUCUUUGAAGGGAAGAGAUAAAGUGACUGCAGAGGAUAUUGCUACCGUCAUCCCUAACUGCUUAAGACAUCGUCUUCGGAAGGAUCCUUUGGAAUCGAUUGACUCGGGUUUACUUAUCAUUGAGAAAUUUUAUGAGGUUUUCAGCUGAGGGAGGUCAAGACCUUUCAUCUAGUUUUGGUUGAACAGAUUUAUGUUUUUAUUUAUAUUUAAAUAUCUUAGCAACUUGCAUUUCGAUUUAGAUGAGUAAAAUUCUAGAGUUUGACACAUAUGCAGAAUCAUUAUGUAAUCACUGAAACUUUUAACGGUGUAUAUGGCACUGAGAAGUAUUCAGUUCAAGUAAGCAGGCAAUAUGCCAGUUCUUUUCUGUGAUGCUUUGCGCCACCCGCUGUUUCUGAAACGCCCAAGGUUAGUGACUUGGAUGAGUUCUGUUAUCUUAAAUUUCUACUUGUAUGGGCGUCUGCCUCUGGUAAAAUGUAUGGUACUAUAACUUGUUAGUAUCCACUGAUAAUAAAAAGUAAGUUUAUCUUUGGACUUA